GGAACUCUUUGUUGUGGAGGAAGAAAACUUACUGACAACUUAUUCCUUGUGGUAACGCCUAGUAUAGCAGUUGUUGUCGCUAUGUUUUGUCUUAUUUGAACUGUUGACUUUAUUACGACGUUGUUCAAUUACGGUGGUAAUGGCAGAGUCGCUUGAAGACUGGACAUUGGUGUGCUCCUUGGCAGAACUGGUGGAAACAAACAGAAAGAGAAUCAAAAUGGAUGACAAAGAUAUUGUGAUUAUAAAGGCAAAGGGAAAUGUGUAUGCCUUGGACAGUUUCUGUUACCAUGCUGGAGGACCUCUGUAUAUUGGGGAUAUAGAGGACUUUGGAGGGAAGACUUGUAUCGUCUGUCCAUGGCAUAAAUACAAAGUAGCUAUUGACCGAGGAGAAAUGGUGUACCAGUCUUGUGAUCCCCAUAACCUAAGCAAGCCUGCAGUAUGGAAAAGCAGUGGAGUGAAGCAAAGGACACAUGCAGUUACAGUUCGAGAUGGAAAUGUAUAUAUCAAAUUUACAGACUGUACCGGCAAGAUUCCAUCAGAUCAGUACAAUAACAAGGACUACAGGGAGAGACUGGGGUUGUCAUGAUGAGUACAGCUUGA